AUGGAGGAAGUCAAGGGCAGCAAAUUGGACGGAGGAAGUCAAGGGCAGCAAGUUGGGCGGAGGAAGUCAAGGGCAGCAGUUUGGACGGAGGAAGUCAAGGGCAGCAGUUUGGACGGAGGAAGUCAAGGGCAGCAGUUUGGACGGUGGAAGUCAAGGGCAGCAGUUUGGACGGAGGAAGUCAAGGGCAACAGUUUGGACGGAGGAAGUCAAGGGCAGCAGUUUGGACGGAGGAAGUCAAGGGCAGCAGUUUGGACGGAGGAAGUCAAGGGCAGCAGUUUGGACGGAGGAAGUCAAGGGCAACAGUUUGGACGGAGGAAGUCAAGGGCAGCAGUUUGGACGGAGGAAGUCAAGGGCAGCAGUUUGGACGGAGGAAGUCAAGGGCAACAGUUUGGACGGAGGAAGUCAAGGGCAGCAGUUUGGACGGAGGAAGUCAAGGGCAGCAGUUUGGACGGAGGAAGUCAAGGGCAGCAGUUUGGACGGAGUAAGUCAAGGGCAACAGUUUGGACGGAGAAAGUCAAGGGCAACAGUUUGGACGGAGGAAGUCAAGGGCAACAGUUUGGACGGAGGAAGUCAAGGGCAGCAGUUUGGACGGAGGAAGUCAAGGGCAGCAGUUUGGACGGAGUAAGUCAAGGGCAACAGUUUGGACGGAGGAAGUCAAGGGCAACAGUUUGGACGGAGGAAGUCAAGGGCAACAGUUUGGACGGAGGAAGUCAAGGGCAACAGUUUGGACGGAGGAAGUCAAGGGCAACAGUUUGGAUGGAGGAAGUCAAGGCGGCACAUUAUUUGGUGAUAUAG